AUGGGCGACAUAGGAACCGAACUCAAUAGAUUGCAAAUACCGCGCCACGCAAUACGCACCACCUGCUUCAUCCUCUUUGAUUUUCAGGCGGCGGCUCGGAACGGUGCCAAGCCCGGAUCUGCCGUCAGGAGCGGAUCUCCACUCCUCCAGAUUCUCGGCUGCGCGGCACUGGCUCGGUUCACCUUUGUCGACGGACCUGUCAGUGUCACUCGCUCACCUGAAGUCCGAGUCGACCUCGUAUCGGCUCUGCUCGCCGCGGACAGACGCCAUUCCCGCCACAUGCUCUCGACGGCAGUCUGCAGAGUAUGGUUCAUGGCGGCGACCCCCUCCCCCCCCCUUUUUCCCUGUCUCCUUUUUCAUCCUUUGGGCGGCAUCUCCGUGGCGCACGGCAGAGGCCGCGAGAUGAGCCAGCCACGCCCGAUGACGGGUCAGAAGCGCAGAUUGUAG